AUGUUGAGCUCAAAAGUUAUCUCAUUUAUCACCUUUUUCGUUGUUAUAAUCGCUGUUGUUCUUUCAGUUACCUCUGCCCCUGUAGCUGCUCCAGUUGAUGCAGAUGAAGCAAAUGGUAAUCAAACUAUUUUACAAUCCGAUUCUGUCCCCGUCGCUUCUGAUGGUGGUGACAUUUCACUUUACAGUGAUGAUGAUGCAAAGAAAAUCCCUGAAGACGUUGUCGACAAGGGCAACUCUGCCAAAGGAGAUGGCAAAGGACAAUAA